AACCAAUCACCGCGACCAAGAGGCAGGAGCAACGGAGGUUAAAGGUCGGACGGAAGUUCCCUAGGCUUCCGGUGGCUUGAGAGGGAGCUAUGGCUAAACAUCAUCCGGACUUGAUCUUUUGCCGCAAACAGGCUGGUGUUGCCAUUGGAAGACUGUGUGAAAAGUGUGAUGGCAAGUGUGUGAUCUGUGACUCUUAUGUGCGUCCUUGCACCCUGGUGCGCAUAUGCGACGAGUGUAACUAUGGCUCUUACCAGGGACGCUGUGUGAUCUGUGGAGGCCCUGGAGUUUCAGAUGCCUAUUACUGUAAGGAAUGCACCAUCCAGGAGAAAGAUAGAGAUGGUUGCCCAAAGAUUGUCAAUUUGGGAAGCUCUAAGACAGAUCUCUUCUAUGAACGCAAAAAAUAUGGCUUCAAGAAGAGGUGAUUGGUGGGCUGCCUCUUCCUCCCCCCAUCAAACUGCUGCAGCUGCCAAAAAAAAUGCCUACUACUGCCAGCAGAAAGGAAGUGGAGCACAGAGCAUCACCUGCAUUGCCUAUUAGUACAGGGCACCUUCCCACUGUUUCCUCUCACCUGGACCUGGUAGGAAUGGAAGAAAGAUUCUUCGCAGAGCACUCUGGCAGUUUUUCUGUCAGAAAAAUUGAUAGAUUAGUUCAUGGUAUUCCUUAAAUUCAAGAGGCAAGGAUGUGUUAUCCACAUCAAGAAUUUCUGUACACCAAAACCUUCUAAAACAGAAAUAAUAUGUUAUUUCCAUCUUCUAUUUGAGGAGUCGACUGUGAAGCUACCUGCAGUGAAAAGCGUGUUCUUGCAGAAUCUCUGAUGGCAGUUAUCCUUGAUAAAAUAUCUGCAGUGUGUGGGGGGCCAGCAGAACAAUAAUUGUGGGCAUUUCAUCUUGUAAUCUUUACCAGGUGGUGCUGGUUCAUGUUAUUUUUCUUCUAAAAAAUUGGAAACCCUUUCUCUUGCUGUUAUAUUAAUAAAGUAGGUGUUUAUUUUCUGGUAGUCAG